CUUUGAGAUUUUUUUUUUUGUCUGGUGAUGGCUGAAGGAAAGUGUCUGUGCUUAACGGCGCUCAGACUGGAAGGACUAGGCAGGGUGAUUCGUAGCAGCACAUCGUUGAGUAGAAAUAACACUGCAUUUAGCAGGUCUUAAUACUGGAAAUGAAAUGCUGCAUCGUCUAGUGAUAUCCAGUCAACGGUAUUGUGGGUUCACUGACAAUGAAUCCGUUUCAUCUAUAGUCGUACCUUCCACCGCUCGUGUAAAUAGUAGGUAUACUAAAGCUCUAUUUAUAACCCACUUAAAGCGAGAGAUCUGCGAAGUUUCAUUGGGAAGGUGGAAGAGCGUAAUAUCUGCCUGUCCUUCUUGCUAUUGUGUGGAAGAGUGACGAGUUUGUUAUGUAUACGCCCGCGGCCGAUGCCGUGGCCGGAUACUCCAGCGGCAAUAUGGCAGAUAAAGAUGCUAGUCAGGAGACGACGCUAGGCAGUGCCUAUUCGCCAGUCGAUUACAUGAGCAUCACCAGCUUCCCUCGGCUUCCCGAGGACGAUACUCUGUCCGGAGAGAACACGAUGAAAUCUCGCAAAGACGAUGACAACUUUCUCAGCGAGCAAGACACAGAUCCUGACCUCUUCCUGAAGUCAGCCCGCCUCCAGCGGCUGCCGUCCUCAGCCUCAGACCUGGCCAGUCAUGAUGCCACUCCCCUGCAGGAGACCCAUCGUGACCCCCUGGCCGAAGACUGCAGCUGCCGGCAGGACGGCCUCACAAUCAUCAUCACUGCCUGCCUCACCUUUGCCACAGGGGUCACUGUCGCCCUCAUCAUGCAGAUCUACUUUGGAGACCCACAGAUCUUCAAUCAGGGUGCUGUGGUGACGGACGUGGCACACUGCACCUCCCUGGGGUUCGAGGUGCUGAGCAAGCAGGGCUCCUCUGCUGAUGCCGCCAUCGCCGCUGCCCUUUGCCUGGGCAUCAUCCACCCGCACACGUCUGGCAUUGGGGGUGGGGGCGUGAUGUUAGUUCAUGACAUACGCAAGAAUGAGAGCCGGGUCAUUGACUUCCGUGAAACGGCUCCCUCUGCCAUACAGGAGGAAAUGUUACAGUUCAACUUGGAGCAAAAACCGGGCCUGUUGGUUGGUGUACCGGGCAUGCUCAGUGGGAUGCACCAAGCUCAUCAGCUCUAUGGAAGAAUGCCAUGGAAGGAGGUGAUUACCAUGGCUGCAGAUGUUGCAAGAAAUGGAUUUAAUGUUACCCAUGACUUAGCUGAGGCCCUGUCCAGAGUGAAGGAUCAGAAUGUUUCGGAGAAUUUCAAGGAGCUGUUUCUUCCUGACGGACAGCCCCCCCUUUCUGGCCUGUUCACACGGCGCCUUGAUCUAGCGGCUAUCUUGGAUGCAGUCGCAGUUGGUGGCAUUUCUGAAUUCUAUGGUGGCAACCUGACUCAGGAAAUGAUAGCUGAAGUGCGAGCAGGAGGGGGAGUGCUUACUGAAGAGGAUUUCAGUAACUACAGCACUAUUUUACAACAGCCAGUGGAGGGUCAAUAUCAGGAAAAUCGCAUUUUGGCAGCACCCCCUCCUCACGCUGGGGCAGCACUGAUUACUGCCCUCAACAUUCUGGAGGGCUUCAAUAUCACCAGCCAGGUCCCGCGAAACAGCACCUACCACUGGAUGGCCGAGGCUCUGAAAAUUGCACUGGCUAUGGCCAGUGGUUUGGGCGACCCCAUGUUUGAUGCCUCUGUGUCUGAGUCAGUGAGUCAGAUGUUGAGCAAAUCCCAGGCCAUGCUGUUCCGUCAAAUGAUCAACGAUUCCCAGGCCUUCCCUCCAGGGCAUUACACCCCCUCCUAUGCUCUGGAGAAAGGAGCAGUGGCUGGCCAGGUGAUGGUCAUGGGUCCUGAUGACUUCAUCGUAUCUGUCAUGAGCUCCCUGAACCAGCCCUUUGGAAGUGGAAUUGUGACCUCCUCUGGGAUUCUCCUCAACAGCCAGAUCCUGGACUUCUCCUGGCCAAACAAAACUCUGAGUCCCAUUCCACCCAAUCCGCGGAAUAGUGUGCAGCCGGGGAAGCGGCCCCUGUCCUUCCUGCUGCCCACUGCCGUCAGGCCGUCCCAGGGGCUGUGUGGCACCUACGUGGCCCUGGGCUCCUCCAACGGAGACCGCGCUCUCAGUGGCAUCACACAGGUGUUAAUGAACGUCUUGUCAUUCCGCAAGAAUCUGAGUGACAGCCUCUCCUAUGGAAGGCUGCACCCUCAGCUUCAGCCCAGUAGUCUUCUAGUGGACUCUGAAUUUCUUGAAGAGGACAUUGAGCUCCUGCAACUGAAGGGGCAUGAGGUACAGAAGGUGGAGGUGCUCUCUCUGGUGGAGGGGACCAGGAGGACCAAUGACCUGAUCAUCGGCGUGAAGGAUCCCCGUAGUGCGGAUGCCUCCGCAAUGACCAUGUCUAUGCCCUAACAGUGCCUGCUGCAGGGUGAGGGAGUUGGGGAGGUGGGGUGGGCGGGUGAUCCGCAAAGCAAAGCGAGACUUCCUCACCAACACUUGUGUGAGGAAAGGGCAUGUUGUUUGGCAUCUGUCUGCUGUCUUGUCUGGUCCUAGUUGACACACUCGCUGUAAAUAUGCACUGAAACAACAAUGCUGCCCUAUGGGAAGAGGGUGGAAAUGAACCCCCACCACCCUAAACACACACUCCAAUGGUACAGACACCUGUAGCUGUCACCCAUCACCCAUUCCUAAACACUGACCAGAAUCAUACUCACACCUCCACCUUGUCUCAAGAACAUUUUUACCCUUUCCAUUUUUAAAUGGAAGAAGUUUGUCUGUUUAUGCUGUACAACAGCUUGUUUGGCACCACAAUUCCUGGAACACCCCCAAGUAGGAAGGUCACAUGACUACAUCUUGACAUGCUCGAGGUCACCCAUGCAUUUUGGUCAUUCCUUUACUGUGAAGUUUGUCACCAUGUGGAAUGAUUUUGACCAAUUGUGAGUUGUUUCGUCUGCUCUUGUUGUUGGCAGUCUUGUGGGAAAUUAUCACUAUUGAGUGCCAGUUUAUUUAUUUCAUUAUUUUUAAGUAGGUGGAUGCACAUGACUGUCAGUGAUCAUGAGUGCAAGAGGCCCUCUGCAUAGUACAGCUUCCUCCACACUUAAUAUUAUUUAUUGUCUAAGCUUGUGAGAACUGUGCAAAUGGCAAUACUUGAAGUUAAGAGCUGUUGAAGUUACAUUGACUGCAAGCUUGUGAGAACUUGCAGUCUUGAACAGUUUUCCUAGAAUGUAUGAUAAAAGGCAGAAUGACCAAGUUUAAAGCUAUGAUAGCAAAUUAAGUAACCAUUUCCUGUAAUGGUUUGUGGCUUUUUAUAUUUCAAGGGAAUGGAUGGAUUCUGGUACUGACGUCAUUUGCACUAUUAAAACCAAUGUUUUGCUCAAGACAACAGAAAAAUAGAGAGAUCAUUGAUAUAUAAUUAUUUGUGUGUGGAAAUUUUGAAGCUGACAUUGUUUUUUAUUUUAAACUAGUUAACAGCUUGUACUUCCAAAAACUAAUGUGGAUGGAAUAUCCAUACUACCCUUAUGGUGAAGGCUUAGAGGUCUAAUGGCCAUUUUAGGGAAAUAUCACUCUUCCCUUUGUGAUCCUGUUGUCUUUUAUGGGGCUGCUAUUUUGAAUAAUGGCUCAGAGUCGUCAAAGCAAUGAAUUACAGCAUUAUAUGUGCCUCCACAGAAUCCAAUGUGCAUUUGAAUGGUCCUAAACUAUAAAUGCAAUCAGUCACUCAAAGUCUGUCUGUCUCUGGAUCUGUUUGAUAGAAUCCGUGUUUUCAGUGUCAAAAGCAGAAUACUACCGAAUAGUACACCUGCAUUAAAUGCCAGACCUGUGUGUGAUUUUUGUUUAAACACCACUCAACACACUUCCUGUUGUGUGAGAUUAUGAAAACUUCCCCGCAGCACUUGACUUUUUUUUUUUUUCCAAAAUGUAAAUCAAAUUGGAUAUUUGUACAAAAUGGCCACAGUAGUUAUUGAGGCAUUAGCUAUAUGUAACCCAUACGUUUUUGAUCUUGUACAAUGGUUUAGGGUCACUGUUCCGUUUUCCUGUUGCUGCUGCCUACUCUAUUUAUUGUCAAGAAAUGUGGUUGUUGGAUUCACAGCAGUCACACAGUGUGACGUGUUAUACUUUUGGUCUGAUGAAACUAAAAGCUUUGGAGAAGAAUUGUGGUUUUGUUAUGAAACCAUAAAAAUUAGUAUAAGUUGCUUUCCAGACAUUUUAUGAAGUUUGGUGGGAUUGUACACGGAUAAAGGGGAAAAACGCUAGGACAUACAAGGAAAUUAUAGGUGUGGCUGCCACCAACCACUGUAUAAACACAAAGUAUUGAUUUAGUAGUGAUUUACUCAUUUCAUGUUUGUUUUAAAUUAUUGGCAUACUGGUGAUGAUUUUGAGUUCGUCAUGGAAAAAGAAGGCAAAGUCAGUACAAAUAUCACAGUCAGGGAGAAAAUAAGUUAUGUGUUUCCUGUGUUUUUAUUUCUCCAGCUGGCUGGUGCUCUUUUGUGCUUUUGCACAUGUCUGAUGGGCUAUUGGCUUUCAGAGCUGAAUGCUUUUACAGAUUACAUUUUUGACUUAUCUUUUAAAUAAUUUCUUAAACAUCCAUUGCUUCAGUGAAAAAGGAGAAGUUGGCUUGAAUUACUCACAUGUCAAUACAAUGUGUUAUUGCUAAUUUGCUUAUUUGAUGAAAGGCUGCACCUUCAGUGUGUGAAUGCAAAAGCUCUGUCCUCUUCAGAAAGAUGAUGUUUAAUCAAAGAUUUUGCCAUUCUAUAAUGUUUAUUAGGUUAAUAUUUUAAUGUUAAUACAAUGACUAUUGUUUAUUGAACUUGUGCUCACAAUUGUUUUUAUAAUA